AUGACUCAAAUGUUAGCUUUUAAUCAGAAUGAAAACUAUUUUCAAAAGUAUUAUUUAUCUUUUAAAAGAUUUGAAAUUGUUUUAAAAAAUAUUAAAGAAUUUACUACUAAAAUAUCAAAGCAAUAUGAAAAAUGUAUGAAAUUUUUUGCUAGUGAUGACCAAAAAAUAAUGGAAGCUGAAAGAGUUGGCAAACUUGAUUGUGGUGUAAAAGACAUUCAUAACAAACUCGAUACCAUGAACAUUUUAAGAACUCGACAACCAGAUAAUAUACAUGCGCAAAGAAUCGACCAAAGCCAUUUAUAUGAACCUCCUUUAGUUCUAUUUGUCAAAAGUUUUGUGGUUCAGAAUCUUACCCUAUUAUUAGGAAAUUCCAUCAAAAUUAUAAUAUUAAGUCAAUCACCAUACGUUCUCAAGUUCUAUGGUCUUUCAAAUAUUGAUUGUUACGAUGUUAUGGUCUUUGAUUGGGCUGAAUUUGGAACUUUAAAAAAGCGUUACAAUAAAUUUGAUAUUCCUUGGACUAGAAAAAUACAAAUUGUUCGAGAUAUCUGCCGUGGUCUUGUGUCUUUACGAUCUGCAAGUGUUUUACACCACGAUAUGAGAUGCAAAAAUUUUUUUAUUUUACACUACUUGGAUCCAAAAAUUGGAAAUUUUAAAUCUUCUCGUAAAUUAGAUGCGAAGACCAGGGACCUAUUUCAUUUAGUUCCUGCAUGGAAGCAUAUACCGUAUGAGCGAAUAUGUGUUACGGAAUUGCAAAAAGUGUUUGAACAAUUAGCCGCAACCUAUCCAAUUCCUCCUGAUGCUCCAAUACUUUUAGAAAAUAAAACAUUAAACUUUGAUGGAAGCAUAGCAUCUCCAGAAUCUGAGAAUGAUGAAAGGCGUGCUAUAGAACUCUUUAAAGAUGCUGCUGACAGCGAUCAUCCAGAUGCACAAUUUCGAAAUGUAGUGUUAUUGCUUAACAAUUUAAGAAGCGAGCAAAAUAUCGCUAGAAAAAAUGAACUUUGUGAAGAAAUUUUACAUUAUUUCAAAUUAACAGCUAAUAAUAAGAACCAUGAUACAACGUAUUAUCUGAGUGAUAUUUAUUUAAAUGGAAAGCUUAAUGUGGAAAAAAAAUAA